AUGGCUGCUGCGCAGACUGCUUCCGAGUUACACGGCGAUGCCGACAUGAAGUCUCCCAACUCCUCCCUACCAGAAGACGACAACCAGGACCAGAUCGGGUCGAACGGGUCCACUCCCACGGGGAUUGCGACUCCUCAGCCAGACCCCGCGGACAAGCGUCUGCCUUCCAUCAUGCACAACUAUUUCCAGGUUGGUUCUUUCUCCGGCGAUAAAGCGAGUCUUCCGCGGCUGUGGUCCUGCCUUUCGAAGCCCUUCUCUGCGGACCCCCACUCAGACACCCACCAACCCCACCACCAAAUCCAACCCUCCGAUGCUUCCUCCGACUCCUUCGUCAUGAUGAAUCGUGAGGAGGCGUCUGAUCAGAUGGAAGAGGUGCGACGGCCCAACCUGCCCACUCCGCCUCAUUCGUUACUGCAGCAGGUGUCAGACGGGACGGGACUUGAGCCGAGUCCAGAUGCGAGCGGGGGGUCGUCGAUCUACGACACCUUAAAAAAUUAUCUCAGUCCUCCGGCCCGCGUCGAGAGCCCUUCCCCCUCACGCUGCCAAACCUCGCUGCCGGUCUCGAGCGUCUCUGACGACCCUGUCCUUGCCACCCACUUCUUCAAUCCAUCUCUCUCUCCUGCCUCCAACCCGUUAUCCUCCCUUACCGAGCCUCCUCCACCCCACCACGAGAAGCCGCAGGUUUCAAUAUCUUCCGAAGAACUGGCCAAGCUGACUGGAAACGCACCCGAUGGGGUGCGUCUUAAGAAUACUCCGCCCCUCACCCCCCGGGCCAUGUCCAACGAGGACCAAUCGACCGAUAAGAAAUCGGUCACCUCGGCGCCCCGAUAUGUCGAGGAACAACCGCAACCCGAAGCCGAGAAUAUGGAAUCCUCGACCGACGAGAUCACAAUGAAACUCGACGAAGCCUUUCCCCGCGAAUCUUCGGCCUCCCCCCAGAAUGGACCGCCCGUAGGAUCUCUGAAGGGUAAAUUGUUUGUGAAGAUUUCGGAGGCUCGAGGAUUACGUCCAAGUUUCGACCCGUACGUUGUGUGCGUUUUCGAGUGGAACGAGUACAUCUCCAAGGGUGCUCGUGACGGGGAAGAGGAAAAGAAGCGACGUCAGAUGGAAUCGGAUGCCGAGGCGGGCAUGCCGAUGGCCAUUCCGAUGAAAAGUCGGCAGAGCAGCAACAACAGCGCUCUGGAUGCCCACAAUCACAAGGGCAGAUCUCCGGUGACCGACCCUCACUGGGAUCACGAGGCCACAUUUGACGUUCUGGGAGACCAGUCUGAAGUCGACGUUACCGUUUACGAUCGCAGCAACCAAGAAGCCUUCCUGGGACACGUUCGCCUCGGUAUCAAUUUGAGAGAAGAUCAUAGCCGACUGGAAGGGUGGUUCCCGCUGGUCGCUCGCGGUGCUGGAGAUAGCCAAGUGUCAGGCGAAAUCCACCUUCAGAUGCAAUUUGAGAUGACGGAUCGGAGGAAUGUUGGCCCCAACGACUUCCAAAUUCUCAAGCUUAUCGGCAAGGGAACCUUCGGUCAGGUGUAUCAGGUUCUAAAAAAGGAUACGGAACGGAUCUAUGCCAUGAAGGUUCUUUCCAAGAAGGUCAUCAUUCAGAAGAAAGAGAUCGCACACACACUCGGCGAGCGAAAUAUCCUCGUGCGCACCGCCAUGGCAGCGUCUCCGUUUAUUGUCGGUCUCAAGUUCUCUUUCCAGACCCCGACCGACCUCUAUCUGGUGACGGAUUACAUGUCUGGAGGUGAACUGUUCUGGCACCUUCAGCGGGAGGGUCGUUUCCAGGAGGCUCGCGCCAAGUUCUACAUCGCGGAACUGAUUCUCGCACUGCAACAUCUCCACGACCAUGACAUCGUGUAUCGGGAUCUGAAGCCAGAGAACAUUCUCCUGGAUGCCAAUGGCCAUAUUGCACUCUGCGAUUUCGGUCUUUCCAAGGCGAACCUGACUCAAAACGACACGACCAACACUUUCUGUGGCACCACUGAAUAUCUCGCACCGGAAGUUCUGCUCGACGAACAAGGAUACACGAAGAUGGUCGACUUCUGGUCUCUCGGUGUCCUGGUCUUCGAGAUGUGCUGCGGCUGGAGUCCGUUCUACGCCGAAGAUACCCAGCAGAUGUACAAGAACAUCGCUUUCGGCAAGGUGCGAUUCCCCCGUGAUGCUCUUAGCACCGAGGGCAGGAAUUUCGUCAAGGGUCUGCUCAACCGUAACCCCAAGCACCGUCUCGGCGCCAAUGGUGAUGCAAAGGAGCUCAUGGCCCAUCCAUUCUUCCAUGAUAUCGACUGGGAUGCGUUGUGUCGCAAACAAGUCAUUCCACCAUUUAAACCUAAGCUGCAGUCUGACACCGACACUUCGAACUUCGACCCCGAGUUCACCAAUGCUCUCGACAACAACAACUCGCUCAAUCUGCGAGCAGCCGCCCUGGCUAACGGCUUGAUGCCUGGCUCCACGCCUCUGUCUCCCGGUAUGCAGGCGAACUUCAAGGGGUUCACCUUCGUGAACGAGAGCUCUAUUGAUCAUCACCUCAAGAAUGAGCCUGAUGAGAUGGACGAGGACACGGUGCAUGGUCACUCGUGGCAACCCACCCACCGCCCGACCAACUCGACCGACCAGCGCAUGAGCGGUGUUAAGAAUGCCGAUGGCACUGAGCCCGGGAUCUUUAACGUUGACGAUAACUUUGACAUGUGA